AGAGACUACCCCCUCUUCCCUUCCCCAGCCCCCCCAGGCCUCACAGCCCUCCCCAGCCAGGUCCCGAGGCAGGCCUGUGACGUGGUGUCCCUGCUCACAACAACAACACUAGCCAUGGCAAGUUUCAACGAGGAUAGCCUGAAAAAGAAGUUAGAUGACCUGAACAUGUCCCAGCAAUCCAUCCAGACAGUGUCCCUCUGGCUGAUCCACCACAAGAAACACGCGCACACUGUGGUCAAUGUGUGGUACAGGGAGCUCAUUGCUGCCACAGACUCCCGGAAGCUUACGUUUAUGUACCUCGCCAAUGACGUGAUCCAGAACAGCAAGAAGAAAGGCCCGGAGUACAACAAGGAGUUCGCCAACAAGCUGGGCAAGGUGUUUGAGCAUCUUGGGGGAAUCCGCCUCGACGAGAAGUCUGUGCAUGGCCUCAACCGGCUACUCACAGUCUGGGGUGAACGGAAUGUGUUUGACCAUGAAAAGGUUAAGCUCUUCAAAAAGAAUCUCAAUAAGGGAUUAAAGAUUAAGGAAGGCGGCGGCAAAAAACGACAACAUGGAAGUAAACACAAGAAAGAAUCCUCUAAAAAGCAGCGGAAGGAAAGUGUCGAGUCAACAGAAUCAUCUCGCUUGAGGAAGGACAGUGAAGGAGACCUGUCCCCUCAGACCACCCCACCCCCCAGUGACCCCCCUGAGCCUGAGCAGCUGAUUGAAGCUUUGCAGGAACUUGAGAGUGCAGCUACCUCAGAUGCAGUUGUUCGUGAAAAAAUUGCAAGCCUUCCAGAUGAAGUGUCUGACGUGUCCCUCCUCACCAAGCUUCAAGGUGAGGACUUGAAUGCAGCUCGUGCCCUUAGCAAGAAGGUGGAGGAUGCCAUGGCAAUGUUGGAAACGUACAAUAAGAGACUGUCAGAGGAGAUGGAGGCUCGUAAAAUGGUGGCAAGGAUGCUACAUGACUAUAUAACCUAUCAGAAAGACCUCCUUGCCCAGGCAGAGGAGACCCUAGAGGAGCACCGGCAAAAACACAAUAAAGUCAAAAAGGUGCGGGACGAGCUGAAGGCACAUCUACAAAACCUACCUGACAUUUCAAAGCUUCCCAGCAUCCGCACAGGCAGCCUGGCGCCGCUGCCCUCUGCUGGCGACCUCUUCACGUGACUCUCUCCAGCCUGGUGGCCCAGUAACAGACUCAUAAUGCUGUGAAUAUUGUGAUAAUCAACGUUCAGAUCCACCACCACCAGAGAGAGAGAGAGAGAGAGAAAGCUACGCCACCAUCAUGAGCGUUUGGUAUGUUUACUCCUUACGGUGAUCUUGAGUGUGUAUUUAUCUUAUUCUUUAAAGCUUGGUGACCAUGACUUUGUUUUAUGGUAUUUUUUGCAAUGUACAUCUAACUGUUUCCUUUUUCAUGUAUCAUGAUGAAAGGUGCAGAGUUGUAAAGGUUUGAGUCACUCAAAUAUUAAUUAAGAAAUGAAAGGAUCUUUCCUUUCACAAUUAUUACUAUUUCCUCUGUAUCUUCAUUGAGCAGCUAUCUGGAAACAUAUUAAUUGUUUGUAGUUGCUCAGUUAGGCCAGACUAUCUGGGACAUCUCCCUUAUUGACUGAUUUAUCUAUGAAUCCAUGUAGUGCACUAGGAAAAGCUGUGUAUUUGUUGUGCAAGUCACUGAUAACUAGUGCACUCACCUCAAGUAGCUCUUGGAAAUGUGCUCUUUGCUCAUAGAAGAAAACGGUGAAAAUAAGUAUUCAUUUUAUGCUCCUGAUAAACAUAACCUAAGUGAUUGACCAGUCAAGCUUCACCCUUCUUUAAGGUUUGUCCCUGUGAAGAGGAUGUUUCUACUCUGUAGACAGUAUAGUUUUUUUUUUAACCAGUCAAGAGUAACCCGUGUUUGUCUCAUAACUAAAAUCUUGAUGUACAUAACUUCCCCAUCUUAGUACCAUGUUAUUCACUAAAAGGUUUCACCAACAAGUGCUGCAGCAAUGAACAGAAGAAAUAUCCUUUGGUGCUCUAAAACUUAAGUUGACAUUUUUAAUUACUUGUCACCCUCUUGAUAACUCUACACUUCCACUGAGCCUCUUGGUAUAAAAUGAUGCAUCACUGGGUGCCCUAAUGUAAAGGUUUGCAGAUAACCUUCAAAUAUUUUAUAACCAUUGUUUGAUAGGAUGAGGAGGAAAGCAGAGGGGGAAGCCUAGUGGUGUCAGCUUUAGUUAGGACUUUAAACCAUCAGCUUCUGAGUAUACUGCAAGAGCACAAACUGAUGAGGUUGUAGUGGUUUCAGUAUCAGUGCCUCAACUCUCACAUCAUAUUCAUCACUCUCAUUCCUUGCAGGAUUCAGAAUAGGAAGAAAGACGUAGAGAAGAUUAUAUGUAGUAAUAGAGAUGUUAAUGGGCACUACCAUUCCUCCACUCGCCAUCCUGCCCUCGCCUCCUCCCUCUUCAUUCUUCAUCAGUCCUCAGCAUUGUGCCACCAUUUCUCCAUUCACCAAGCCUCAUCCCUCAACUCACAUUUCUUCCCACCUGAUGCAGUGACAGAGUGGCUGAGCAAAGUUCAUGUGUGGAAUAGUUUUCUGUUCAUAGUAUUGCAGACGUUCCUAGCAGGCAAAGGGUGUCUGAUGUACAUAGAUCAACCAGUGCAAUGAAAAAGACAUUCGAAAAAUUACUUUUAUGAUAUUUCAAAAUGUUUGUUUUGAAUUGUGACAUAUAAGGACAAGAUAUCUUAGGAACUCUACUGUACUUUUUAAGGAAGCAUCUUAGUUGUAUGUGUAGCAUUGCAAUUGUUUUUAUUUUAGAUACUAUAAUUAUGUAUAUAGAGACAGAUCAAUUCAUUUAUAGAAGAGAUAAUUGUUACUAAAAAAAAGUAAGGUUAUUAGAACAUUUUACUUGGGAUUAUUCAGUGUGUAUUUGCCAAAUUGUAUUGUGUAAAGUCAUUUACACCAUUGUUAAUAAGGAAGCGUUAAGCAACACCUUCCUGUUUCUCAGGGGGCGGCCAUCCCAUGCAUGUCUUCCUGUGGCACUAGGGGGUCAUUUCAAACUCAAGUGGGAGUUGUAGGGUGAGCUAUGAUUAUUUUUGAAGGCUGUCUAGCAGCUUGACAUCCCCUAGGAAUGAUGCUGGUGAGGCAAAAUGCUGAGGUGUUUAAAUUUUUUACUCUCCCCAUCAUGAGUAUGUAUAGCAUAGCAGUAAACAGACCCAUGAAGUGUGCUAAAAAUUAAGCUGCACAUAGAAUUACUCCAGGUAGCUUCACAAUUAUUUUCCUUUGCUUGAUACAGAUGGAAGUGGUGUUCACUCAUUUACUGUAUUAACUUGGUUGUAAGUUCUGCCAGAGAUCGUUCAUUGAAUUGUAGUGGUUAUUUAACAGCUCUAUAGGCUCAGACCUUAGGAAGUUGACAAUGAUUAUUACUAUGUAAAUGUUGCCUUGCUAUGAUCUUUGAAUUUUGAAUGAAACAAAAGCAGGGCACAUGAAAGGACUUCAUUAACUGAGUUCAUCUCUGUUAUUUAGACACCAAGCUUUGAGUUCCCCUCCUCAGUACUGUAGGUGAGCAUUAGGCAGAGAACUGCUUCCCUCCCCGCUGCCCUCACUCCUCAAGCAUCUAAUAAGUAUUACAGUCUCAGCACAUUGGGUUGUGGCAACAGGUGACUUAAGGUCAAUCAAUACUGUGUUACUUGAGUAUAUAAGAUUGUGUGCAGUGUGUUGUUCGGUGUGCAAGUUCAUGCAUUGCCUUAUUCUGCAUGAGUAUCAAUGUGUAUACUAUACAUGUAUUAAACUAGUGAAACAUU